AUGAUCAUGUUUUUAUUAUUCAUGGAUCCUUUACAUAAUUUUAUCGUACGAGAAUUACGUACAAUACAAAAAGAUGUAAAGUGGUUCAUCCACGAUUUUACUUAUACUGACGGAGCGCAAGCCAACGAGGCGAGACUAGUAAAUAUAGCCCAGGGGCCCGUGCGAGGAUAUAAGGAACAAAAUGAUACUUUGUUUGCAUUUUAUGGCAUACCGUACGCAACAGCACCAACAGGGGAUGACAAAUUCAAGGCACCGCUUCCUCCGCCGCAAUGGACAGAACCAUUCGAGGCCGUCAAUAAAUAUGUAGUUUGCCCACAAAUUGUAUAUAUGUCUUUGGGAAUAGAUCUCAUACAACAGGAAGACUGCCUAAUCGCCAAUAUAUACGUGCCUGACACGGAAGAAAAGAAUUUACCUGUGGUCGUACAUGUUCACGGAGGGGCAUAUCAAGUGGGAUAUGGCAACUUAAUGACGGCAAAACAACUUAUUAAAGAUAAGAAUAUCAUUAUAGUUAACUUCAAUUACCGUCUCGGUGCACAUGGUUUUCUAUGCCUAGGCACGGAAGAUGUGCCUGGCAAUGCUGGUAUGAAGGACCAAGUGGCGUUGUUUCGCUGGGUGAAAGAAAAUAUUGCCAGUUUUGGUGGAAACCCUGAUGAUGUUACAAUCAAUGGAUUUAGUGCAGGUUCAUCGUCGGUUGAUCUUCAUCUUGUUUCGCCGAUGACCAAAGGUCUCUUUAAUAAGGUUAUACCUGAAAGUGGAGCAAGUCUCUCUGUUUUUAGUGUUCAAACAGACCCAGUCGAAAAUGCUUGGAAAUAUGCGAAGAUGCUUAACUAUACAAAUGAGAACAAUGAUAUUUAUGAUUUAGAAUUUUUUUAUAAAUCAGCAUCAUACGAAACCUUAACCUCUAUUAAUAUUUUAAAUGAGCCCGAUUCUACGUUUUAUUUUGUACCUUGUGUUGAAAGAGAACAAGGUGAGGAAAGAUUUCUUGACGAUGCUCCAUUGAAAAUUUUAAAAAGUGGUCGCAAUCAUAAACUACCAAUGUUAUUUGGAUUUGCUGAAAUGGAAGGAUUAUUUAGAGUGCCGCUUUUUGAAACAUGGUUUAGUAAAAUGAAUGAAAAUUUUGCCGAUUUCCUGCCUGGUGACCUUAAGUUUUCAAACUUAAAAGAAAAAGAAGAAGUCGCGCAGAGAAUCAAAGAGUUUUAUUUUGGUAAAAAACCAGUUAGCAAGGAAACCAUAUUCAGAUAUAUAGAUUAUUUUACAGAUGUAAUAUUUGCGUAUGGCACACUAAAGUCUGUUCAGUUACAAGUGGAAUCUGGGAACAAAGAUAUAUAUCUAUAUGAGUAUUCCUUUGUGGAUGAUAAUGUACCGUUAGUGCCGCAUACAUUUGUGCGUGGUGCUAACCACUGUGCCCAAUCAAUGGCUGUAGGCGAUGGAUUUUUCUUAAAUGCAGAAACUGAAACAAUCGAUUUUAUAAACAUGAAGCAAGUGAUGAGAAAAUUAUGGUACAACUUUAUUACAACAGGAAAACCGGUUGCAGAAGGUUCAGAUCUUCCAACGUGGCCGCCUACCGAUGCAAACGGUGGUCCUCAUAUGUCACUCGAUAAAACGAUGAAGCUGCGAGGACCUCUGAUACAGCAAAGAUUUCUUUUUUGGGAUGCUAUUUAUGAUAAAUAUUAUGCAAUGCCAACCGCACCCGCUCCUCCAAGACCAAAAACUAAAACUAAAUUAUAA